AUGGCGCAAGACGUUGGCGCUCAAAUACCAAGAUCGAACCUCCAUAUCAAGCACCCAAGCCAGAAGAGCAAACCGCGGCACGAAGUCGAUUUGAUCGCUUCGUAG